CUCAGCUCAUGCACCAAUUGAUCCACUACUCCAUCAGACCAGCUCAACAAAAUUACCCUCUGAUCUCAGACUCAGCAAUAAAGUCCAGAUCAGUGCAAAAUCCCACUAAAAAGCAUAACAGUGUAAUGCAAAUCAGAACAGGCUGCUCAGACUGCACACACCAACUGCCCAGAUACCGAAGCAUGCACCUGACAUCUGACAUCCCCUCAAAUUCACAGCAUACAGAACCUGAUCAACAUCCAGCAUACACAGCAUCAUCUAAUCCAGCAUUCAUCAGAACAGACUCCAAUUGCAGCUCAGGACCUGCUUCACAGCUAAAACAACUGAGGAGAACUGACAGCACAUAG